AUGGCGGGUGGAAAAAGUGGGCAAUCAUCGAAGAAAUUAAAGGGGAAAGAGAAAAUGACCGCCCGCGCCCUUUUCAUCGACGACCAGGAUGAGGAGAUGUUCGAUGCGGAGGCCAUCGAUUUGGGUUUGAUGAUCCUAAGGUUCGGAGUGCGGUAUCCAGUACGAUUACUGGAUACUACCGAGACCCUUGGAGGAACUUUGGAGAAGUUCCUGCAGCUACGAAGGAACACUGGUGGAACUUGUUCAACAUGGGCACCCCAGGUGAACGAGCUAGUGAAGGUCACAUUUCGGAGGAGGGUAGCAACACGCCUGCGUGACAUGUUCUACACCAUCACGCACAAGAUGAAUGGCGCCCAGCCAAGUUGGCUGAGUGAGGAGAUCCACAAGGAGAUGAUAAACAUUGUUGCAUCGGAUCCAACUUACAAGGAGAGGUCGGCCAAAAACAAGAAGAACAGAAGGGGCGGUUCUAUGGAAAAUCCCGUCCGAGGGACCCACUUUCAGGUUUCGUUGUCAGCGACCCAACAUGAAAAAAGGAUGGUGGCGAAGAACAAGGGCCAGCUGCCAACAGCUCCUGAGCUGUUUCUGAAGACACACUUCAAGGAGCUACCUAGGAAAGGCAUAAUGGCAGAGGCCUACCGAAAGAGGGUUGAGGAGGCUAGCACUCAAAGGACUCAGAAGAGUCCGAAUGAGCUGUGCUGGGAGAUCGUGGGUGGUCGAAACAAAAAAGGACGUGUGAAGGGACUUGGCGGAAGUGCUGACCUUUACUAUGGCAGCCAGAUGGGUCGACUUUCCACAUCUUCCCUCCAGUACACGCCCUCCCUUGUUUCUCAGAUGCAGGAUCAGAUGGAAAACAAAGUGCAGGCUCUUCGGGAAGAAAUGGAACUCGAGAUGGAAGCCCGAGUUCAAGCCUCGGUAAAAGCCCAAAUGGAAGAAAUGGAGAGGAGGUGGGAAGAGAGGAUGAUGAGUCGUUUCCCCAAUGACACAUGUUCCACCGUGCGACCUCCUCGAGAUCCCAGGGACGACGACCCGGGUAGUGGUGGAGCAGGCCAGGGCACUCCCACAGUUGCUUAG